AUGAAAACAAGUAAUAAAAGUAAAAAAAAAAAUUUUAGGCUCCUUAAAGUUUUAGAUGAUGAAACAGUAUUAUAUAAUGAUAUCAAAGCAGUAGAAAAAAAAUUACAGGAAUGGGAAAAACCUGUCAAUAUUCAAUUACUUAAACAGUCGAGACCGAAUACAUAUAAAAUUCAAAACAGAAAUAAAAAUCCCUCGAAUGAAUUUCAAAAUUUUUUAUUACAUAAUGGAGGUCAUACAGGUGGAUGGUUGGAACAUGAUCAUUUAUUAUUUUUAAGAGAAAGAAAAAAGUACAAGGAUAAGGAAAAAUUUUUAGAUUCAUUGCAACAUAUUUUGCCAGAUUUAAGUUAUGAUGACCUUGUAAGACAUGAAAAUUGGUAUGUUAAAUAUGAAACCCUUAAAAACUCAUUAAAAGAUGCAAUUCAAAAAUGGAAAGAAGAAAAAGUAGCUAAAGAAAACAACAAUGGUAAUCUUGAAAGGAAAAAUAAUGAGGAAAACGAUAAAAAAAAAUCAAAUAAAGUUUUGGCAAAUCAGUUAAAAAUAGCAGAAAGAAUCAAAGAAUGGAAGUUUCUCGAAAGAAAAAAAAAUAAUCAACUGCGAGCAGAAUUAAAAAGUAAAAGUAAAAUGGAAAAAUUAAACCUUAACAAACCUUCUUUUGACUUUUUACUUCCAAGAGAUCCUGAUAGAGUAUUUAAGCCAACUGCUAUAUGGACUCUACAUUGUUUGCCUGAAGAAAAAAAAGAAAAACCAAAUCAAUUGAUUGACUUGAAUAAAAUACCUCAUUUAAUGAUUCCUGAAUGGAGAAGAGAAUUAAAAUGA